UUGGCAGAUAAAAUGAUAUCAACAAGUUAUUAUUCUGGCAGACUUGAUUUGAUCAGGAGAGAGAGAGAGAGUAUCGGAACUGCUAAACGUCCAUCUGGAAACGAUUCAAGAUGCUACCCUCAAGGCUUUUGACAUGUGUUCUUGUCACGACGCUGGUGGCGCUCUCCUCAUUGACUGAGGCGGCGAUUCACCUAGAACACUUAUCGACGAUCUACGUCCCCUACUCUUACCUAUCAUCGCCGAGGUACGACAUCGACUCCGACGCCGUGGAGCAAGUCGCCUACGAUGCCCUUGAAGGAUUCGCUUACGUGAUCGGUGAUGACUAUCUGCAGAUUAUCGACUACGAUAACGUCGAGAAACCCGAGAUCGUCUACAAGCACACCAUACCUGAACGCGCUAACGACAUCGCUCACUGUGGUCGGUUCGUUGCCUAUCUCCUCCAAGGGUCGGAUUCGCAGGAGCCUGGAACCAUCCACGUUUAUGAGAAGUUCAAUCGCCAGACCCAAGAAUUCACAAAAAUACAUGAGCGAGUCAUCAGCAGCCAGCCAGAGAUGUUGACCUUUACCCCCGACUGUCGUAAGAUCUUGACCGCCGAUGAAGGAACAGCCGGUGACGACGCAGCGGAAGAAAAUUUUGUUAACCCGGAAGGAAUGGUUUCUAUCAUCAAGAUCGACGGGGACUUCGCCAAUCCGAGCUUUGGUUUCAAGGCCGUUAAUUUCAACGAUUUCGAUGAAAGGCGUCAAAAAUAUUCCAACCUAGGCGUGCGUUUUCCUUACAACGGUCACUAUACGAACUUCACGACACAGACUUUGUCACAGAGUGUGGAGCCAGAAUACAUCGCUAUCAACCCCCGUGACAACGUUGCCUACGUGAAUCUUCAGGAAAACAAUGCGAUUGCUUUACUGGAUCUGGACACGGAAUUGAUUGUAGAGAUCGUUCCGCUGGGAAACAAAAGCUGGGCCAACCUUCAACUGGAUGCCAGCGACAGAGAUGACGCUAUCAAAUUCCAGACCGGGCACGACAUCAAGAGCUUCUACAUGCCCGACGCUAUCAAGUACUUCGAGAUCGACGGCGUCGGCUAUGUUGCCACGGCCGAUGAGGGAAGCGACCUCGACUACCGAUUCGACCGCGCUUACUGGGGUGACGCACGACGAGGAGAGAGCAUACACGAUGAUAACCAACUUGCAAGUACUGUGUCGCAAGCUUUGAGAGAAGCCCUCAACGAUGACUUGAGACUAGGUCGUCUCGAGUUCAGCGUUACUGAUGGUUUGAGCAAAACAGAGGAGGAUAAGAUAGAAGAACUCUUCUUUUUCGGUGGCCGAGGGUUCUCCAUCUUGCGUGCAGAUGAUCUAACACGUGUCUAUGACAGUGGUGACGAGAUCGAACGUUUGAUCGCUGAACAGUAUCCCUUGGUCUUCAACUCGGAGACCUACCCGGACAGACCGGAAUCAGAAUCGCCUCCAGACAUCGCUGAUAAGCGAUCAGAUAAUCGGGGACCCGAAUGCGAAACUAUCGAAGUCGGCGUCGUCAACGGGAAGACGGUGGUGUUCCUAGGCGUCGACCGGGCAUCCGUCAUCGCGAUCUACACAGUGUCGGCGGACGGCCAGGCCACCUACGAGUCUCUGCAUAGACGAGGAGGCGUCAACAGGACAUUCGCCCAGCUUUUGGAGGACCGAGAUCUCGGCGAUCUCGACCCCAAAGACAUGGAGUUUGUACCAGCGGACCGGAGCCCAACGGACAAGCCGUUACUGAUGGUGGCUGGUGCCGCAAGUGGAACGCUCUCGCUCUACCACGUCAUUGGUGAUGGAUCUACAGGUUCCGGCUCGGGGGCGCAGGUCUCCAACAACCAUGGCAGUCAGCUCUCAUCAAUGGGAAUGCUCAUCAUCGGCUUGGUUGCCAUCAUGGCUGCUCUCAUCAGAAAGUAACCUACAUGUCGUCAUGGCCUUAGAGAACCACCCAUUGCGACUUUCAUAGGAUACCUGACCUAUGUCAUCGACGCCCAACGAAAAACAUAACAUUUCUACUAAUAAAAUCAUUAAGUACUAUAUAUUUUAUUGUUGAUGUGAUGUGAUGAUGUGAAAGGGAAAGUGGGUAAAAGAUGGAUACUUUGUCACAGAUAAAGAUAUGUUGAAAAGUAUUUGUAAACUCAUAUUAAUCUUUUUAAAUGUCGCUAAUAUUCGGUUUAUUACGGACUAUAGACACACUAUAGAUCGUUUGAAGUUUACAAUAAAUUGCUAGCAAUCGCGGAUUUUAUUCGGUCAGGGAAAAAAAGGUGUAUAUGAGAGAGAGAGAGAGAGAGAGUGUGUGUGUGUGUGUGUGUGUGUGUGUGAGAGAGAGAGAGAGAGAGAGAAGGAGAAGAAUGUGACAUAAGAUUGCAUACUUACUCCAAUAGCCAAAUAAAAUAUACAUGAUGUCAGGAUAUGGAUAUUAAACAUUAAUACUUUUCUGUAUGGUUCUGAAUGGCAUAAUUUUUUUCUCGAAAAUGUCAAAUAAAGCUGAAAUUUUUAUUCGAGUUAA